CAAGCAUCCGCAUUGAAGGCAAAACGGCAGCAAGGGAGACAGAAGACACUGUUUCGAACAAAUGUCGAUCCGUUCAUGCAGCACAGCUAUAACGGUGCCGAUACCUGCAACGAAGAUCUUAUUCUGUCCGUCGAGAAGGAUAGUCCUCGCUCCGAUUCAUUCAAGGAGGAAGAGGCUAUUUAGGGCAUCGAUGGCGGUCGAUUCGCCCGAGAGCUCCUACGAUUUCGUCAAGCGCACUGAGCGGGCAUGGAUGAUAUCUCAGCAACCCCGGCCUGUCGCUUGUUCUUCUUGCGACUCAAACGGGUAUGUUGAAUGCAAAUGGUGCGGAGGGACGGGCUUCUUCAUCAUCGGUGAUAACAUGCUCUGCCAAGUGCCUUCUAGAAACACCAGCUGUGUGAUAUGUGCUGGAAAGGGAUCCACUUGCUGCUCUGAUUGUAAAGGCACAGGCUUCCGUGCCAAGUGGUUGGAAGAACCUCCACCUACCAAGUAACUAUACCGUUACUACACCUGGUAACCAGAUCCACACAUCCACACAAAUAAUUCCUCAUUUCCACGAUUUCCCGCUCUUUUUAGUCUAAUAUAUCAUUUGAAGAAUGUCUCAUGGUUCCAUUGAAAAUGGGCUAGAGUUUCCCUUUCCAAACUAGAUAUCGCAUUUUGCACACCACAUUGUUGCAGGGUUGAAAUCCACACCUCAUCUCACUUAUCAUACACUCAUUCAAACUCUUAUGUAAAUUCAUCUCAUACUUGUAACAAACCUCACUUCUUUCU